UUGAUUCCGACCAUCAUCGUCCCGAAAGCCUUCCUUCCCUGGCAAUGUGUCGUGGGCGCCUGAGUGUCGAAAGUGAGGGGCGUACGAAUGAUAGGAUUUUUGAAAGUCCUUUGCGGGUGUAUCGGGCUCGUUUGCCGCGCAGCCUCAAUGAAAUAUACCCGCAUUUCUUAGAGGGGCCUCUGUGUUUGGAUCCGUCGACUAGCUUGCCUCCUCGCCCGACACUAAUAUUGGCCAAUGUCGAUGGGGUGAGUAUAGCGGAUCGCUUCUGACCCCCUCUCUCACCUCUCUUGUCCCACCCUCGCGGUACCCAAACACCAUCCGCACAUUUUCCCCAUGAGCUCCACGACCCCCGCGUGUACAAAUAGCUCAUAUUCACCGCGCGCCGCCGCGGUGACCGAUGCGGCGCUCAAAGGCGCGCAUUCCUACUACUUCAUGAUCGCCUUGUGUGAAGGCACUAUACCUCCCCGGCUCACGCCCCUACAAUUCGUCGACGAUCCUCAACAGCGCGUGGACGUGGCCGAGCGUAUCAUGUGCCCGGACGUCCAGAAUCAGGCGACUAUUGACCGUGGUAGGGACGUUCUGCAGGAAGCGAUCAUGGUCGGCUUUAGAGUCUCGCGAGACGCCCACCGUCUUGUAAGCGAAGUCAAACAGGCGAUUACUCAAGCCCUCACCUUGGACGAGGUCCUGAACUUGGAAGCUCGCUUGCAUGAACCACACCCGGGCGCGCAGGAGAACAAGGCUGAGUCCUUUCUCUGCAUGAUUGCCGCCAUGGACCACACGCUUGACUCGACCACGGCUCUUGAGUCAUGGGUGACCGCCAAUAUUAUACCCAUCAUCGACAUGACCGCACAUACAGCGGCGGCUCGCUACGUCCUCUCGCCGUACAUGGACCUCGCGCCAGUUCCGGCGACCUUCGAGAAGGAGAACAAGACGCAUGCGCCCAACUUCGCGUCGAGUUCACCCUCGGCUUCCUCCAUGGCCUCUGUGUCGUUGCCACGCCCCGUUCUCGCCUCUGUUCACGACCCUGCUAUCGAUGCGCAAAUAAACGGCGCUCUGCAAAGCAAUGGUGCAUGGCCGUCCCUUUCCGCGCUUUCGGGGUGGUUCUUCUAGGCGUAUCGCCCGUCGUUGCCUACAUCUGUCAUGCGCGCUGCCCUUCAAGCUUCUCUGUGAUACCUCGAGAUCUUUCCUGGCUAUACGUACAGAUAAUACCUCUCCUGUGAUACCCUCCCCUCCCGUACGUUGCCCCUGUAGCCUCAUAGGCGCAUAACAUAAUUUUACGCCCCUUUUGCGUCG